GAUUUUGAUGAAGUAGCUUUCCUGUGGCACCUCCCCCAUCCCCCCCAUCCCUGCUCUCAAAGAAUCGCUGAUAGUGUCAAAGUCUUUUAAACUGUAUCAAUGAGAUCUACUUCCUAACAUUUAAAGUGAAACUGACACGCAGCUGUCCUUUCCUUGAGGCGUCUGUGUCUAACCUGCACGCUUGCUGCACACAGACCUCCCCUGCAGUGCAUCCCUUUGGGUCGCCCCGGGAGAGCCAGGGCUGCAGGCAGUUCCCACACCAACUCAGACCGCAUCUGUCCACUGCCUAGCGGGGCACCUCUCUGCCAAUCCCGAAGGGCUGCUCUCGCGUCCUCACGGGAAAGGUAGUUUCCAGGUUGGGCGCCGACAGCGCCAGGCUUUGAGCGUGGGCUCUGCGCAUGCCUCAUCCACUGGCUACCUCUGCGUUUCUGCGUUUCCGCCUUUCCUUUUGUUUGUCUCACGUUUUGCGUGGGAGGCGGUCCCGGGAUUUCAGGGGUCUACGGGCUCUCAUGGCGAAUGCAACCCGAAGAGAGAGUGAGCUGUAUCUUCAGAGUUGUCUCCGUCUUUCCAAGAACAGAACAAAAUGAACAAGGUAGAUCAGAAGUUCCAGGGGUCAGUAUCAUUUAAAGAUGUGACUGUGGGCUUCACCCAGGAGGAGUGGCAGCACCUGGACCCUAGUCAGAGGGCUCUGUAUAGAGAUGUGAUGCUGGAGAACUACAGCAACCUUGUCUCAGUGGGUAAGGGUAUUGUGCUCACAAACCAGAGGUGAUCUUCAGGCUGGAACAAGGAGAAGAACCAUGGAGACUGGAGGAAGAAUUCCCAAGCCAGAGCUUUCCAGAAGUCUGGACAGCUGAUCACCUGAAAGAGAGGAGCCAAGAAAAUCAAUCUAAACAUUUGUGGGAAGUUGUAUUCAUCAAUAAUGAAAUGCUGACUAAGGAACAAGGUAAUGUAAUAGGAAUACCAUUUAACAUGGACAUAAGUUCUUUUCCUUCCAGAAAAAUGUUCUGUCAGUAUGACUCAUGUGGAAUGAGUUUCAACACUGUUUCAGAAUUGGUUAUCAGUAAGAUAAACUAUUUAGGAAAAAAGUCUGACGAAUUUAAUGCGUGUGGGAAAUUGUUACUCAAUAUUAAGCAUGAUGAAACUCAUACUCGAGAGAAAAAUGAAGUUUUGAAAAAUAGGAACACUCUGAGUCAUCGUGAGAACACUUUGCAGCAUGAGAAGAUUCAAACUUUAGAGCACAAUUUUGAAUACAGUAUAUGUCAGGAAACCCUCCUUGAAAAGGCAGUAUUCAAUACACGGAAGAGAGAGAAUGCAGAAGAGAAUAACUGUGACUAUAAUGAAUUUGGGAGAACUUUCUGUGAUAGUUCAUCCCUCUUGUUCCAUCAGAUACCUCCAUCAAAGGACAGUCACUGUGAAUUUAGUGAUUGUGAGAAGUUCUUAUGUGUGAAGUCCACCCUUUCUAAACAUGAUGGGGUACCUGUGAAACACUAUGAUUGUGGUGAAAGUGGGAAUAAUUUCAGGAGGAAAUUGUGUCUGUCACAGCUUCAGAGAGAUGAUAAAGGAGAGAAACACUUUGAAUGUAAUGAAUGUGGGAAAGCUUUCUGGGAGAAGUCACAUCUCACUCGACAUCAGAGGGUGCACACAGGAGAGAAACGCUUUCAAUGUAAUCAAUGUGGAAAAACUUUCUGGGAGAAGUCAAACCUCACUAAACAUCAGAGAUCACACACAGGGGAGAAACCUUUUGAAUGCAAUGAAUGUGGGAAAGCCUUUAGCCAUAAGUCAGCCCUCACAUUACACCAGAGAACACAUACAGGGGAGAAACCCUAUCAAUGUAAUGCAUGUGGGAAAACUUUUUACCAGAAAUCUGACCUCACUAAACAUCAGAGAACACACACAGGGCAGAAACCCUAUGAGUGUUAUGAAUGUGGAAAAUCCUUCUGUAUGAAUUCACACCUUACAGUACACCAGAGAACUCACACAGGUGAGAAACCUUUUGAAUGUCUUGAGUGUGGGAAAUCCUUUUGUCAAAAGUCACAUCUUACACAGCAUCAGAGAACUCACAUAGGAGAUAAACCUUAUGAAUGUAAUGCAUGUGGGAAAACUUUCUACCACAAGUCAGUACUCACCAGGCAUCAGAUAAUUCAUACAGGGUUGAAACCUUAUGAAUGUUAUGAAUGUGGGAAAACCUUCUGCUUGAAGUCAGACCUCACAGUACAUCAGAGAACGCACACAGGGGAGAAACCCUUUGCAUGUCCUGAAUGUGGGAAAUUCUUUAGCCAUAAGUCAACCCUCUCUCAACAUUAUAGAACACACACAGGGGAGAAACCCUAUGAAUGUCAUGAAUGUGGAAAAAUCUUUUACAAUAAAUCAUACCUAACGAAACAUAAUAGAACACAUACAGGGGAGAAACCCUAUGAAUGUAAUGAAUGUGGAAAAACCUUCUGCCAGAAGUCACAACUCACUCAGCAUCAGAGAAUUCACAUAGGGGAGAAACCCUAUGAAUGUAAUGAGUGUGGAAAAGCUUUCUGCCAUAAGUCAGCUCUAAUUGUACAUCAGAGAACCCAUACACAAGAAAAGCCUUAUAAAUGUAACGAAUGUGGAAAAUCUUUCUGUGUGAAGUCAGGACUUAUUUUACAUGAGAGAAAGCACACGGGGGAGAAACCCUAUGAAUGCAAUGAAUGUGGGAAAUCCUUUAGUCACAAAUCAUCACUCACAGUACAUCACAGGGCUCACACAGGAGAGAAAUCUUGUCAGUGUAAUGAAUGUGGAAAAAUCUUUUACCGUAAAUCAGACCUUGCUAAACAUCAGAGAUCACAUACAGGGGAAAAGCCCUAUGAAUGUAACACAUGCAGGAAAACUUUCUCUCAAAAGUCAAAUCUCAUUGUACAUCAGAGAACACACAUAGGAGAAAAACCUUAUGAAUGAAUUGGAUAUUAGAAAUUUCCAGCCACAAGUCAGCCUCCAUAAUGCCUCAGAGUCUUCACACUGUGGAGAAAGGCCUGUUGACAUCCUGAAUGUUCAAUAACUAUCCACAAACUCGCCUUAUGUUACCCCAAAGUAACAGUAGGGGAUAAACCCAUAGACUACAACAACUAUAGGAUGGCUUUUGUUAGGAAGUGAUAUUCUGUUGAAUAUCAGAUGGUUAAUACUGGCAUAGAACCUCACAGAUUUUUUUGAAUUUGUGAAAGUUUUUGGCAAAACUACAAAUAGGAUUAUGUUGGCGUUUACACUGAGGAGAAAAUUGUCAAUUUAAGAAAUCUAAAGUGAAAAUUUUGCUUAGAAAUAAAAUAUGACAAGUUCUGUUUUGA